UCUCAACCACGCGGUCGCUAGAUAACAACACAGCCUUUUAUAGUGUAAACUUGUAAAUCUUUUGGUGAUCAGAUCAUGUCUUUUCGUGGCCGAGGAGGGGGCCGUGGUGGUGGCGGUCGAGGUGGCCGUGGCGGUUUUCGAGGCGGAGGUCGUGGCGGUGGAAGGGGAGGUUUUCAGCAGAGAGAUUUUGGGCCUCCCGAUUAUGUUACAGAGCUUGGACAUGUGCUCCACACUUGUGAAGGAGAUUUAGUUUGUAAAUGUACAAAUGAGAAGAUUCCAUACUUUAAUGCUCCAGUUUACUUAGAAAACAAGUCACAGAUCGGCAAAGUAGAUGACAUAUUUGGUCCAAUGACAGAAUUUUAUUUCUCAGUGAAGGUUAACACAGAUAUGAAAGCUUCCUCAUUUAAAAAAGAUCAAAAGUUCUUUAUCGAUCCUAUGAAACUGCUACCUCUUGCCAGAUUUCUCCCUAAACCUCCUGGCCAGAAAGGACCCCCAGGUGGUGUUGGAGGUAGAGGAAGAGGAGGCAGAGGAGGUCGAGGUGGUGGACGUGGUAGAGGAGGUGGUGGUGGCUUUCGCGGAGGUGGCAGAGGUGGUGGAAGAGGUGGAGGAAGAGGUGGAGGAGGACGAGGUUUCAGGGGUGGUGGUGGAGGUUUUAGAGGUCGUGGAAGAUGAAGAGGAAACAAAGAAUUGUGAAGUACUUUGGCACAGUUUAAUUUAUCAAAUGUAUAUAUCUGUUUGGGUAUCAUUAUCCAGAAUCCAUAUUACAGUUUGAGACCCCUGUGCAGAUACAUCUUAACUUGAACACUGAAAAUUACUAUCGUUCAUCUUCCUUGUUGUUGUGUCUUCCGUAUGCUGUCAUUACACUUGGUUAUGUCAUAGGAUAAUUUUUAUCUAAUUUUUUAAAUGAACAGUUAGGUGGCUGCUACAUCAGUACAAGAAGUUGUGAUCAGCUUUAUACUGAACAACAAAUACAAAUCAUUUUGUGCAUUGCAAUAUAUCUGCAUCUCACGUUUUUUAGGCGGUCAUAAAAAAAAAC